AUGAGUUCUAAAUUAAAAACUAAAAUAAAGUCAAUUAAAAAUGAAUUAAAAACUUCCUCAUCUUCACUAUCAAUAAAUUUACAUACCAAUUCAAAUAGUAAUACAAGUAACACAAAAAGAUCAAAUUCAACAAAUUCAUCACCACUAUUUACUCAAAAUUCAUCUUUUGAAUCAAUAACAAGUCAUCAAAUGAUAAUAAGUCCUUCAUUAUCUACAAUAAAUUCAAUCAAUUCAAUCAACUCUAAUUCAUCAUCACCACCUUUCCAUUCAAUGCAUAGAACAAGAUCAUUGUCUUUACCAUUGAAAAGUUCCAAAAAACAUAUAGCUCAACAACAACAACAACAAAUAGAUGAUUUCACUAAAUUUCAAAUAGAUUAUGAAAAUUAUUCAUCUUCAAAUUCAACAUCAACAUCAACAACGAGUUCACAAAUUUUAAAUACAGAUAUUACAAUGAAUGAUGAACUACAAUCAAAUUUUAAAGAAGAAAGUAUAAUACCCCCGUUACCAAGUAUUGAAGAAUUUAAUCAUUAUUAUAGUCAUUGCAAUAAAAUACGGACAAAUUCAUCUAGUUUACAUUCAAAAAAGAGUUCAAUCAAUUCAAUAAAUUCAGUAAAUACUCAUCAAAAUGGAGAAAUUUAUACCCCAAAACAACUAGAAGCUUCAGAAGAUGAUUUAGAAUUUAAUUUAGCUAAUAACAUCUUAAAUGUUAUUGGUAAAAAGGAAGUAGAUUGGUUUAUAUAG